UGAGGACCGUCGUCAUUCGAGAACUAUAACGGAAUGUGUACGGUACCUCAACGACAAUUGCUCAGUUGGCUGCUGACCGGGCUACUGUUAGCCGUAAUUUUGGCCGUUGGCGACGAUUUAUGCCAUGAUGAGUUUGCCAAGGCCAGUGCAAAUGCUUCGAAUACAUAUUCCAAUAGUUUCGAUAUUUGUGAACUGACAGCCAACGAGACGAAAAUUGAAUUAUCCAUAGACGAGGAGUUGGAGCGCCUGCAAAUUGAGUCGGCCUCCAGUGCGGUCUGCAAUAGCUUAGAACUCUGCAACUUGCACAAUGACGAUCUGGAUUACUUUCAAUGCAUAAACGACAAGGGUCCCGGUAAUUUACAAGUUCUUGAUGAAAUCACACGCAACUCGACUAGUGCUCAUACACGAUUACGUGAGGAUUACAGUGCGGUACAGAAAACCUUGAUCUUGUGCACUUUGGAGGCACAGGAAGUGUAUAUGAAGAGUAUGGUCAGUGCCUAUGAGGAAUUGCAGUUAUGCCGCUCCCAAAUCGAAGACUAUGUGGAAAUUGAUUAGUUGGCAAACAGCAAUUUCACAAAUAUAUUUAAGAAACAAAUCGAAUACGCAAUAAAACUAGUUGUACGAUAUUCUA